GUGUGUGUGUGUGUGUGUGUGUGUGUGUGUGUGUGUGAGCGGGUGGAGCAGCCAGUGCACAGUGAGCAAGCAAAGCAGCCGAGUAAGCAUUUCUCCCAACUUGAAAGCCUAAUUUGUGUCUUCUUUUCUUGCUCCAUAUAUGCGUGAGGUUGUGUAGUUGUUGUACCGCUGUGUGUGUGUGUGUGUGUGUGUGUGAGUGAGUGAGAGAGAGUGUGUGUGUGUGAGAGUGUGUGUGAGCGCCAGCCUGCAUGAGUGAACGCCUCGACUCCAUACAUCGCCGUCAUAGAGCUGCCGGGAGAAGCUCUUUGACACCGGAGAAGAUACUCCAUAUUUGUUUUGAAGGACACAUAUUCUCGCACUGGAUUUACAGAGAAGAGGCGAGCAUCCCGUCGUUCUUGUGGUACCAGGGAGCACGUGACCCCGGAGAUGAACAAACUUCGUCAGAGUCUGAGGAGGAAGAAGCCCACCUAUGUGCCCGAGGCCAGCAGACCGCAUCAGUGGCAGGCGGAUGAGGAGGCAGUACGCAAGGGCAAAUGUAACUUCUCUGUACGGUACCUGGGCUUGGUGGAGGUGGAGGAGUCCAGAGGCAUGCAUGUGUGCGAGGAGGCAGUGAAGAAGCUGAAAGUUAGCGGGAAAAAGACAGUGAAGGCGGUUUUGUGGGUUUCCGCAGAUGGACUCCGAGUGGUCGAUGAUAAAACAAAGGACCUCAUUGUGGACCAGACCAUAGAGAAGGUGUCCUUUUGCGCUCCUGAUCGAAACUAUGACAAGGCUUUCUCCUAUAUCUGCCGAGAUGGGACCACCAGACGAUGGAUGUGCCACUGCUUCAUGGCUCUUAAAGACUCGGGAGAGAGACUGAGCCACGCGGUCGGCUGUGCCUUCGCCGCCUGUUUGGAGAGGAAACAGCGCAGGGAGAAGGAGUGUGGUGUGACGGCAUCUUUCGACGCCACUCGGACGUCGUUCGUACGCGAGGGCUCUUUCCGCGCUAACUCUUCCUGCAACCAGCCAGGUAGCAGCAGUGAACAUGAUGAGAAAUCACAGGAUAAAAAUAAAGACCAGCCUUCAGUUCAUGCUGCCCUGCCCCCUGGUACUGCUUCCCCGCCCGAGGGUGCAGCAUCCCCGAUGGAACGGCCGGAACCUGGUGGGCCUCACGCAAUCCCCCGCCGCCAUGCGCCAAUCGAGCAACUGGUACGUCAAGGAUCAUUCCGAGGAUUCCCAGCUCUCAGUCAGAAAAACUCCCCCUUCAAGAGGCAGCUGUCACUCCGUCUCAAUGACCUGCCAUCCACACUGCAACGCAAAACGGACUUUGAGACCAAGAACCCUGUACUGGAGAUGGACAUGUGCUUGCCAGGGGAGGGAGACAUCAAUGCCCUGUGUUGUCAGAUCAACGCCUCCUUCACCAAGCCUUCUGAGGAUCCUUUCUCCAACCCCUGUUCAUCUGCGGGUGGCCUGCCAACCUGCGUUGUGCCCGCAGCUUUGCCCCCACCACCAGCACCGAUGCAGGCUACACCAUCUUGGGUUCAGCCGGAUCCUCCGCUCCACUCUCCUCCUGCUGUCUCCGUGGUGAUGCAGAGUGGACACAAACGGACGCCGUCCGAGGCAGAAAGAUGGCUAGAAGAAGUCUCCAAGGCAGUCAAGGCUCAGCAGACGCCCCCACCGGGCCCCAGCAUCCCCACCAUCCCGGGGCCACCAUCUGUAUCCAGUCAGGCUUCUGUGUCAAUCAAACCCCUCAUAGCGGGCCCCUCAGCUCCUGCCCCAAUGUGUCUUCCACCAAUUUCCAUAUCAUCGGUCCCCCUGAUACCCGGCCCUCCAAUUUCUAGCCCUCCUAUGUCUUUGCCUUCUAUGUCCAUCCCCACAAUGUCUGGUCCAAGUAUGUCAGGAGCCCCAAUGAUGCAGCCCUCCCACCCUGGGCACCGAGGCUCCAUCCCCAGCUCCAUGCAGCCUUUUCCUUUGGCCUUCGAUGCCACUACAGCUCCUGUCGGGAUCUUCCCUAGUCAGCCUGUCCAACCGACGUUUGUUCCCAUGCAAACGUACAUCCCAGGCUUGGCCAACAGUAUGACCUACCCUAAUGUUAGCGUACCCGUGGUGGGAAUCACUCCAUCGCAAAUGGUGGCCAAUGUCUUCUGCACGGCUUCAGGCUCUUCCAACACUGGAGGUGCUAUUGGCUCUGGCGUCGGAGGGCCUAAAGUGGGCACCCACCAUUCUUACUCAGGAGCACCUUGUGCAGUUGGUGCCACGGGUGGGUUUUGCACACCUUUCUCCUCUACUCCUCCCCUUUCAACAGCCAUAAAUGGUCUCCCACCACACAGCGGCACCACAGCAGCCCUUCCCAAUGGAACCUCUAGCAGUACCAGCAGUUGGCCACCGGAGGGCAGCCACCUGACCGCCCCUGUGACCGGUAAUCCCAAAGAUGACGACCGUUUCGAGGCCAAGUGGGCUGCGCUUGAGACCAAACCAGCAGCCCAGGCACCUGGAAGCAAGACUCCGGCAGCAGCAGCAGCCAACCCGUUUUCGAACAACCUGCAAAAGACUUUUGAGAUUGAGCUUUAAGUGAGAGCUCUGCAGUUACGAAGGAGAAAGCUCAACUUUCUACUUUAGUCCUGAAAUGAGGCCAAGCGUCCAGCCCUAAGAGCUCUUACUGAAGCAUCUACAUCACAAUGAUAUUCCUUUCUUUACGGAUUGCUGGGUUGCCCUUUGGAAGACGUCUCUAAAAAAACAUCAUGUGAUGUGAUGAUGAAAAUCUCGCCGCUCUUUCCUGCUUUCAUAUCUGCACUCUGGCUUUACUUUCUUUACCAGCUGCAAGUCCCUUGACUUCUGACGAGUGUUGUCACUUGGCAACACGGUCAAUGGUUGCUUUCUUUAAAAGGUGACUCGGAUACAUUCCAAUCCCACGGACUGAUUGUGGCAGUAUUUGUUCUGGAAAGAAGCAAAGAAAACGAAGCAUUCUUGGAUGGACUGAACACCAGAUUGAUGCUUGAUUGUAUGUUCCCUAAAGGACUCGCUUAUUAUUAGUAGGGAUUUGUUGCCAAAAUUAUUUUAUUUAUUGUACUUUAUUUUGAUGUUAUAUUUACUUCAAAUCUUUAAAGGGAUUCAUUAAGAUAUUUUUUAUCACAUAUAUUUAUUUCAGUUGAACUUUUAAAAAAAGAGCAGGAAAAAAGAGGUCCAAUACAGUGGAACCCGUUUAAGUCCACCCCGUUUAUGUCCUCAACUCGUCCACAAUUGGGCUGUUUUUGUCCCGAAUUUCCCCCUUCCGACCAAAGACCGCAAACACCCGAUCAUCUCGUGUCUUAUAAGAUCGUCCUAGAAGAUUUUCCUGUGGUCUGAGGUGCGUUAAGAGUAUAUUUGUCCCCGAUAAUUGGCUCCAAAAACAGGUCGAACCCUGUGGGGAAUACCGAUGCCUUCCGAGUCAUGGCUCCGUGAACUGUGACGUGGUACAGAAAGAGGAUAAUCAAGUGGUUACUUUAUUGAGAUGGAAUCCACCUCCAGCUCGCUGAGUAGAUUUAAAGUUUGCGUUACAUUUUUUCCCAAUCUUUUUUUAGUUUGGGAUUUUCAUUUAAAAAAUAUUGUCCCAAGAUCAACAUCCUUCCCUUCUCUUGUGCGUCCUCUUCUAUGUUGCCUGUUUGUUCUGCUUUUGCUACUGCGAAUUUUGGUAGCGACCAAUAGAAAGUAAACACAGGGUUAUUUUAUAGUAUAAACAAAACCACUAAAAUUAUUGCAAUAAGGCAAAGAUAUUUGUGAAAAAUAACAUCAGCAGGGCAGGAAGAGGAGGGCAAAUUGUGCCUGAGUGAGCAGCAGAGACAUAAAGAGAGAGAUGUGCUGUGUUCGCACUGACAGACUAGAUCAGGGGUGUCAAACGUACGGCCCGGAUGAGUUUGCAAAGUAUAAAAAUGAGCCGAAAUUUUUGAAUGAAAGAAACUGCUGUUCUAAAUCCGUCCACUAGAUGUCACAAUAGCAAUUCUUUGUAUCUUUGUAGAUGAUGCUACAUAUGUAAAAAAAAAUAAACCACAUGAGCAAACUACAUAAAUAACAUCCUGUAAUUUGAUUUUGGUAUCAUUUUUUUAUCUUGAUAGAUUAAAAAUGAACACCAAUAAGUAGACUGAUGAACAUUAUCACAUAAUCUAUUUAAAAAGUAUAAAUAACGACAAAUAAAGGUAAAAAAACAAACCAACAACAUUAUGAUUUGUACAUUUUCAGAAUGUGCUUUUUCUAUUUUAAAACAAAGAAAACAAUCUGAAGUAGUCUUUAUUUUUAAGUUAUCGUGCUGUGAUUUUACCAGUCCGGCCCAUUUGGGAGUAGAUUUUUCUCCAUGUUGCCCCCCCCAUCUAAAACGAGUUUGACACCCCUGGACUAGAUAGAAGAGACGCACGCUGCAGUCGUAUUAAUAACGAAAGAAAAAUGGAGUAAUUUGCUGGAUCUAAAGAAAAAGACAAUCUGCAACAAAAGUAUUAAAGAAAACCCCACCGUGGUAUCGAUAUUUGAAUCAAUACGACCAUUAUUAUAGAUCAUGUUUGCUCACGCAAAAUUACGUCUUGAAGGACUUAAAUCUGGUAAUGUGUGUGUGUGUGUGUGUGUGUGUGUGUGUGUGUUGAUGUUAUCAUGGUACACCACACACAGGAAGAUCAACAUUGCUUAAUGCAUGAGUCUGUGUGGAGUCCGUUACAGAUAGAAUAGUUUUAAGAUUUAGAAUAUUUUUGUGUGUACCAGCCUUGAGGCAACCAACUCCACAAGUCCUGAUCCAUCGUGUUCUUCGGACUAAAAAGUGUGCCACAUACAUGAUCGACAUACAUGACAUAACAUUCCAGACCCCCAGGGAACAUUUCUAUGAAAAUAAGUCCAUUUAUGUCAACUUCCAUCAUUAUCGCUUGAGUCGUUUUCUGCAAAAGCAGAUUUGUGGUCAAUCAAAAACAGUUAACUGGAAGAAGAAAAAAAACAGGCAACAGGGAAGGAACCUUAAAGCCUCCAGAUAAGACCUAAGGUUAUUUCUUCUUUGGCUUCUCAGUCAUUCUUUCCUCCUCCUUUUUAAAAUGCAUUUUCCGGACUAUUAAGUGCACCAGUAUGUAAGCUGGAAGAAGAAAAAGAAAAAAGUAUGUAUUAUGUAUUAGCCGCAGAUAUGUACAACGUGAAAUGAGUUAUUUACACAGAAAGAUUUUAUAAAUGAUCAUUUACAUACUGUCAGGUUCAAACACUGAUGACAUCUAUUAACCAAGACAAGAAGAAAGAAGUUAAACAGAGACAGAAUUAAAUGUGGCUUGUACGCCUCCUCUUUUAUUUGGACUUUCCCUGAUUGCAUGGCAACAGCUGUUUCUAAGGUACGGGGGUCGUAAACAGCCAUCGCCUUUGGUUACAGAACAGUUCAAAGAAAAGGUCGUCUGGAGGGGAGUCUGGUCCUGCUUCCUCUCCGCUUUGUAGUUAUCGGGUCAAGAACAAUACAUGAAAGAAACAGAACACCUUCAUGUUGCUUCCCAUCCUACACAGUGGAGUUUUACAAGCCUUUUGCUUGGUAGGAUCAGAGACAGCUUUUGUCCUCUCGCCGGUAACUCAUGACAACACAUGUGAUAACUUAGAUACAAUUAUUCUGACACAUACCUUAAUUGUUUCCAAACGGUGCUUGUAACACAGCAGUAAAACGGCAAGUCAGAAAAAACAUAAGUCAUAGUCAUGGACUCCAAUCAGCUAAACAGACUCAAUAACUCCACCGUGAUGUUUUGGUGAGUUUACCGAGGAAUUUGUGAAAGUGACACAAUACAAAAAGAACGGCAUUGUAAGUUAGUAAUACUAACACACACUCGUAAAUGUGUUAGCAUAUAAGAUAAUGCUAAUGACGCUAGCUUGAUUACAUCACGAUAGCACGUACAAAUAUGCAUAAAAACAGACAUCACAUAAGCAUGAAUAGUUUUAGUUAUAUUGUAAAACUUGCAAACAAUGUUUGAAGUGAUGAAUGAAGAAUCCAUACGAGUAGAAACAUUAUGGACGACUAAAAGACAGAACAGCACUUGUACUGCCAGUUUAAAGCACUGGAGACGUUCACACCGCGGCACCUGUAGUAAGCAAACUCGUCUAAAAGAUGGCGCCUUAGCACAAACAAUAACACACCAUUUUAGUGUGUUUGAUGCUUGUUUUGUUUUUAUCUAUUUGUAUUAUGUUUUAUAAGCUGCAGGGCUCCAAGCGUAGGAAAAAAGUCCGAAAUUUCCGGUAUUUAAAUGGAGGAAAAGAAAGCUAGCGUAUAUUUAAUCAAAGCGAGCAACGGCUACUACGUCCGCAUGAAUACGCCAGCCCGAGGGACGGUGGAUUAAAUGGGUUUCACUGUAGUAUAGAGAGUGUGGAAGUGGGAAAUGUAGUCAUGAACCAAAUAGGGAGGACAUGUAUCGUGAUGCCUGACAAGUGUAUAUAAAGGCAUGUUGCUUCCACGUGUACACCACGCACUGUCGCUUCUCCGUACCAACCAACACAACUUCGCUUAAGCGAUGGUGACUUUCCGAGUAUCCCACACGGACACCACAUUCCAGAAUAGCCGAGGACUACCAAGUAUGACACACCACCUUCCAAGUGCAGUACAGGCAAGGUUGAGUAGAGGACAAGUGGGAGGCUGCUACACAAGAACAGAAACACGAUGAUGGAUGGAGACGUGCCAGUGGAAGAAUGAGUGAAGGAUCAACAGUAUGUGAAGGAGAAAAUGGAGAUAAAGGACAAGAAUGAAGCCAGUCCAUUGAAAAGAAUUGAGCGCUAACAUGAUGAAAAAGAGUUUUGAGGGGGAAAAACAGUGAUUGUGGAAACGCCACAGAACUGCCAGUUUUUGUCCCUUCAGUCGCAGAAUCCCUUACUUUUUCAACAUUUACAGUCUUAUAUUUGAUGUACAGUUGAACCCCUUUAAGCCAACCAACUCUUCAAGUCCUGGUCCAUCUUCUCUUAUAAUUAUGGAAGUCACUUCUACUCACUCACUCACUUUGUUACUGUUUCAUCAUGGUGCUAUCUACUGGAUUUAUAAUGUCCUUACAUGGGACCGCUAAAAAAAAUUCAUAGCGAUCUUAUAUGUAUAUAUAUAUAUAUAUAUAUAUAUAUAUAUAUAUUUAUACACAUUAUAUAUAUACAUAUAUAUGUACAUAUAUACACGUGUAUAUAUACACACAUAUAUAAACAUUUAUACACAUAUAU